ACAAAAUCAAACCAAGCCAAAAGGAAAGUCAGCUGCAACCUAGUGGUUAUUUGCAGAGUUCCAUCUUCAACAGAAGAAUUAGUUAAUUCUUAAACUCCCAGGAGGUUGGUCCAAAAGCCAAGACCAAGGGUGGGGAGACAGAGGGAGAGGAUCUUGAGCAGACUCCAUGCUGAGUGUGGAGCCUGACGGUGGGCUCGAUCUCAGGAUCCUGAGAUCAUGCCCCGAGCCAUAAUCAAGAGUCGGAUACUUAACCGACUGAGCUGCUCAGGCGCCCCUUGAGGAUUAUCUUUCCUGGAAGUCAAGCCCGUGGCAGAUAUCUGUGGUUCUAACAAGUGUGGGAAGAAAGGACGUGCCGCCAGCCUCAGCUUCUAGGGACUUUUCUCUUGGCUGGGAAGGAUUUUAUGUUCAUCAGAAAUACUUCCAGAAGAUUUAAGAAGCGGUAAGGUUGACGCAAAUCUGUGAAGGACCAGCAUGGGGAUCCUAUACUCUGAGCCUGUCUGCCAGGCAGCCUACCAGAACGACUUGGGUCAAGUGUGGCAGUGGGUGAGAGAAGACAGAGCCUAUAUCAACGUUCGAGACGGCUUGAAUGGAGACACUCCCCUGAUCUGUGCUUGUAGGCGAGGACACCUGAGAAUCGUUUCCUUCCUUUUAAAAAGAAAUGCUGAUGUGAACCUCAAAAACCGGAAAGACAGAAACUGCUUGCAUUACGCUGUGAAGAAAAAAUUUACCUUCUUUGAUUACCUACUCAUUAUCCUCUUAAUGCCUGUUCUGCUUAUUGGGUAUUUCCUCAUGGUGUCAAAGACCAAGCAGAAUGAGGCUCUUGUCCGAAUGUUGCUCAAUGCUGGGGUCGAUGUGAAUGCCAAAGACUGUGAUGGCUGCACGGCCCUCCAUUACGCUUGCCAAAUGAAAAACCAGACCCUCAUUCCUCUGCUGCUGGAAGCUCGUGCCGACCCCAUGAUCAAGAACAAGCGUGGUGAGAGUUCCCUGGAUAUUGCGCGGAGAUUAAAGUUUUCCCAGAUUGAAUUAAUGCUAAGGAAAGCAUCAUAAUCUUUGUGGCCUUGCAUGGAGAAGUAGAAAAAGUUAAAGGACUGGAUUCUAUCUCCAUUUGGGACAAUUGGUCUGUGGACCGUUGAACCUGGAUGCUAUGAUUUUUUGGUAACCAUAAUGGUGGUUUCCAUAGUUAACAUUCUGGAAGAGCUUUGUAUUUAGAAUUUUCUUUGGAGUUCAUCAUGGUCACGAUCCUUCUCGGAGAAACACUAAAGCUCUUGGAGCCUCCAUUUUGGUCCAAAAAAGGGUGACGUUUCAAAUUCAGGCUCUUCCGAAGAAGAGGAUCAGAGUUACCUGGUUCGGUUUUCUCAGCUGUGUGGCUCUUAACAAGAGGCUGUCCUGUGGAUAUCAUGCCCAGAAGACAACUCUUUCUCUCCGUCCUUUUUGAAUAGAAAGAAGAAGAUUCAAAGUAUCCAUAUCUGUAUAGACUGAUAUGUUAGGGGGAUGGGAGGUGAGCUUCAUAUGUAAAUAUUUACUUGGUGAAACAAGGUCAAUAAAAUCAUCCAUCAGUCGUCGGGGGAGGGAGUAUUUAUGCCACAGUAAUUAGCAAAUGCUACAAGUCAGGGCUUUUUCUUUUUCUUUUUCUUUCCAGAGAGCCAAUUUCUUUUUUUUUUUUUUUAAUUUAUUUGAGAGAGAGAGAGAGAACAGCCAGAGGGAGGGGCAGAGGAAGAGGGAGAAGCAGAUGCCCCACUGAGCAAGGAGCCCCAUGCGGGACUCAAUCCCAGGACCCUGAGAUCAUGACCUGAGCCGAAGGCAGACACUUAACCUACUGAGCCACCCACGCAUCCCUCCAGAGAGCCAAUUUAACCAGCAGACCUCUAGACAUUUUGCUUUUGACUUUGAACAAAAUUAUGAAACAAUCAAGAUGUUUGUUCAAAAAUACCUUUCUGAUUCUCUUGUGAAUGCAAGGUAGCUACUAAGGUUGUUCAUUCUGUUUAUAUUCACUGGUAAAAUUUAAAAUAGUAUUGUUAAUUAUUAGACAAAGGAUUUCUUUUUUUUAUUAUGUUAUGUUAAUCACCAUACAUCACAUCAU